GUGCGGCCGCUCACGAUGACCCUGCAGCUGCUGCUCCAUGUCGCCUUGCUCAGACCGGGCACCACUCCGCCCUCGGUCCAGGGCCGCAGUGUCUGCGCACCGGCAGGUGCCUGGCCAUCCUUCUGUGACCUCAACUCACCCCUGGAGGUUCAGGAAACCAUCCAGAUCCCGAACAACGGGAGCGGGCCCCUGCAGGUGGACGUGCGGGUGUUAGUGAGAAAUGUGUCUAAUGUGGACAUCCUUCGGUACACAGUGUCCUCCAAGCUGCUGCUCCGGCUGGCCUGGGUGGACACUGGCCUGGCCUGGAACGUGAGUGUGCACCCAUGGCUCGUGCUCACGCUGCCCUGGGAGUCACUGUCCAGGAGGCUCCGGGUGGACUGGCAGGACCAGGGCCCACGGACCCGCGUGGACCAAGGUGGCCAUGCCAAGCUCCCCCUGGCCCUCACCACAGAGACCAGCUGCGACUCGGAGCUCCUCCACCUCCCCAGGGACCAGAGGGGCCGCACCCUCCGCUUCUGUGCGCUCAGCCGCGCAUUGAUGGAGCUGGCGCUCCAGGCCCACGUGGUGGAUGAGACUGUGGGUGUCAAGAGGGAGCACGGGGUUCAGGAUUUGAAAACCCAAGUCCCGCUGCAGCAGCUGGUGCCCUGCUUCCGGGUGACAGUGAGGCCAGAGGUGGCCGCCAGAGGACUGAAGGCCAUCAUGUCGCUGUCGGUACCCAGGGAGGCGCUGCUGUGGGCCAUGAGUACAGGGCAGCUGCCCCUCCAGGCCACGGAGUGCACUGCCCACGAGGUGACCCUGCUGCUGGGCUGCCUGGUCUUCCACUCCUCCCUGGUGCAGGCCCUGCCCUCCUCCUCCUGCAAUCUGCUGCUCAUGUACGCCCUCACCAUCCUGCUGCUGCUGCUCUUCCUCAGCACAGAGACCAUCCCGUUGGCAGGGCUGCUGGCUGGGGACCACCUCAGGGCCGAGAAGAGCCCCAGCCCAGCCCCGAGAAGGGAGUGGCAGGACCGGGAGAAGGGGAGAACGCAGGGCCUAAUCCUGAAGGCGGGCAGGGGCUGGCCCUCCUGGGGGCGGGGUGGGGGGAAUGGGGCCAGGAGCAGGUGGAUGGGGCAGAGCCGGCAUGCCGCAAGCCUGGGGCUGGAGUCGGGGGUCGCUGGGCUACUGGGAGGGCCCUCGCCCUCACUCUGCCGGCCCCACUGGCCUGGGGCCGCACCGCAUCCACCCCUGGCAGAAGCAGGUUUGAGGGUCCUUCUGCAGCUGAAUGAAGAUGGCCCAGAACGGGCCGCAUCCACACCCCCCCUGAAACUCGGCUCCUCCCCCUGCCUCUCCCCCACAGAAGCCACGGGAGGAGUCACGGGGUCCCAGAGGAGCUGGGCCGGGGCUACCGGCCACACCUUCUUCCUGCGGCAGCACGUGGCAGGGGUGGCGUGUGGCCAGUCCAUCUUCCCGGGACUCCGGGUGUGGGUGGCAUGCGAGUCCGACCUGGCCCCCAGUGAGGCUGCACCCCGUGGCGGGCAGCCCAGCCCGUGACAGGGC